AUGUCAAUCGAAUAUGAAAAGGGCAAAGCAACCCUGCAGGGGCACCCCUGGGCAACCUUUGGGGACGGUCACACUGUCUGGCAGGUGGUGGAGGCGGAGACUUGGGGCCCUCAGGCUGCAGCCUCGCAGGAGCGGUCUGUGACGUCACCAGCCCGCCUCGCCCACAACGCCGUGUGCGAGUAUUUCACAACCCUGCGAAUCGUGGACAAGGGGGUCUCAGUCAUCGAUGACGGUGUGCUGAGGUUCGCCAGGCUGAAAGAGCUGGUGCUGACGGCCAACCACAUCUCCCACCUCCCGUCCGCACACCUCCCCAGGUCCCUCCGGGUGCUGGAGGUGUGUGCUAACCAGGUAAGCAGCCUGCAGGGCCUAUCCCAGCAUCCCCCUCCCCAUCUGCAACACCUGGGGCUCGCCUUCAACAAGCUAGGCUCCGCCUCCGACGCACAGCUCCUCACAGCCUCCUUCUGGCCUGCGCUUGUGUCUCUGGACCUGAGCUGGUGUGGGUUUGUGGAGCAGCUGGUCCUGGUGGACUCGCUCUCCACGCUGCCCCAGCUCAGGACCCUGGGUCUGGAGGGGAACCCCCUCACCCUGACCCCCUCCUACCCCGGCCUCCUCCUGGACAGCCUGCCCAGGCUGCUGUACCUGGACGGCCGCCGGGUGACACCUGACGAGCGGCAUGGUUUCCACGGCAUGGCCCGCAGACGAGAUGACAUCACAAGUGCGGCGGUUGUCACGGUGACGGUGCAGCGGAUGAGAGGGGUACCGAACCCAUUGCUGGCCUCCGACAGCAGUGCACCCGAGUUCCCCAUCAUCACGUACAGCUACCUGGUGACCUACGAGUUCCUGAGUCCCGCGGAGAACAAGGUGGGAAGGGAGUCAGUGGCUCCCCCAGGUCUGGCAGUCUCACUUGCCUCUGACGGGAGUUUGGGUUGCUCCAGAGGACCUGGGGAGCAGGACGAGCCCCCGCAGGAGGUGCAGCGGUAUCGGGGGGAGGAACUGCACCCCACCACCCCCCACACAGGCCCCCCGGCUGGGAAUGGGGGCAGCAGGUCGUCUGAAAGUGGCUCAUGCGCAGUGAUGGAGAAGAGCACCCCAAACCUUCCGUGGGCGGAUCCGAUAGAGUACCGCCAUGCCCACGUUUACCACAUCACAGACCUGGUCUCCCUCAAGAGCUUCUUCCUUCGAGGGCUACGUGUCACUGUGGAGGAGGAGAAGGUCCUGUCCUGGCCUGCCUCUCCAGGAGAGAAUAUGGGCACCAAACCUGUCACUGACAAGAAGAGGACAGCAAAGGAGCAGAGUGCCCGUCCUACAAACAACACCUGCUCCGCUCAGAAGUGCAAGGACAAGAGGCGGAAGAAGGAGAGGCAGGUGGAGCUGGUGCAGGACCCCCCCGUAAGGAGGACCCUGGGCUCGGCUCACCUGGAACUCAAGGACCUGGUAUCCGGGGGCAACCAGGUGUACAGGCGGUGUGAUUUUGGGGUGCCCACAGAACAGAGCGACAGGACACCCCAGGAAAAGGAGCCGAGCAAAAAGGUCAGAGAGGACAAGAAGAAAGAAGAAAAGAAGGCAAAGGCUGGGGGAGAGAACAUAGCCACACAGAGAACUACGCCCUCUAAAGGUAAGAACAAGGGGAAGAAGGCCAGCGAUGCAGAGGCCUUCCACACCCUGCCACGGCCUCUGGUCCUGGAGAUCAGCAUCCAUCUGGACAAGUGGCCAACGGCCUGACAGACACAGACAGACAUUCAGACAGGCAGGCAGGCAGACAGACAGAGCCAUAAGCUGCCAGAACCAAGAUGAAUAGCUUACAAUAGACUCCAUGUCUUACAACUACCGGUACAUGUGUUCAGGUUUAUCUUUUUCUUUUCUUUUUUUUUCUAGUUUUUUUUUGUCAUUUGGCAGACUGUGGCUGGGUUUUGAUUCUAAAUUGUAGGCUUAGGGGGAAUCCCCAAAAUUCCAGGAUAAAAUAUGGAGGCCACGCCAAAUGGGGUUCGGUUCAUAAUGAUGAAAGGGGAUGGAGCUAUUAUAUUCCCUCGCUCCCUCGUUUUUCCUCCUGCCAAGGAUAUAAAAUGAUCCAGCAAGAAGGGAAAUCCCAUAAUGCAAUGGGAUGGGAUUCCAUGCGCAACGAAGAGGGAAGCGAAUCAGUGCGCUUUCAACGGAA